GUGCCCACCGCUCCCGGGGGUUCACACCUGCCUGUCUGUCCCGCGGCCGCAGGGUGACCUGCCCGGGGACCCGCAGAACCUGAGGCUCGGGCUGAACUCCCAUGUCCAGCGAUGGAUGAGGACAGCCUGGAUGAGCUGGUGGACCAGAGCCUGGGGCCAGAUGUCCACCCGGGACUCAGCGCUGCCACCGUGGCCAGUGAUGCUGAGAGCAGUGACGGCGACAGUGGCGGCUCUGAGGACACGGGCAGUGAGCUCAGCGAAGGCACCGAUGGAGAGGAGGAGGGCGAGGAGGAUGGAUCUGGUUCCGAAGAUUCCGAAGACGACGAUGAGGACUACGAUGACGUGGAAGUGCUGGUGGCAGCAGACCCUCAGGGGAAGCUGGAGGCCAACGGCACGUGUCAUUCUGACGACGAAGCGGAGAGCUGCCCCAUUUGUCUCAACACUUUCAGGGACCAGGCUGUGGGGACCCCGGAGAGCUGCGCCCAUUACUUCUGCCUGGACUGUAUCCUGGAGUGGUCCAAGAAUGCCAAUUCCUGUCCAGUCGAUCGAACUCUAUUUAAACGCAUUUGUAUUCGAGCCCAGUUUGGUGGCAAAGUCCUGAAGAAGGUCCCCGUGGAGAACGCCAGGGCCGGAGAGGAGGAGGACGACCCCACCUUCUGCGAGGUGUGUGGCCGCAGCGACCGGGAGGACCGCCUGCUGCUCUGCGAUGGCUGUGAUGCUGGGUACCACAUGGAGUGUUUGGACCCCCCUCUCCAGGAGGUGCCCGUGGACGAGUGGUUCUGUCCGGGAUGUGCCAGCCCCGGAGCUGCCACCUCUCCUGCAGAUGCUGAUCCCGUGACCGAGGAGGAGGUCUCUCUGCUCUUGGUCGAUGUGGUGCCGACCGCCAGCCGGCUGCGGCCUCGUGAGGGCCGGACCCGGGCCAUCGCCAGGACACGGCAGAGCGAGCGUGUUCGAGCCACUGUGAACCGGAACCGCAUGUCCACUGCCCGGAGCAUCCAGCAUGUCCCAAGGUACCUGAUGUCUUCUCUGCUUGACGAGACCAUCGAAGCCGUUGCCUCUGGUCUGAGCACAGCCGUGUAUCAGCGCCCCACGACGCCGCGGGCCCCCGCCAAGCGGAGGAGGAAAGCAAGAAGACGGAGGAAAGUGCUGGGAAGGAAGAAAACCCAGCCCAGACCGGCCGUGAGGAGCAGGAGCUCGGGAACAAGGUCCAAGAGACGCCAGGGCCGCGGGAAGAAGAGGAAAGGACAAAAGCUGAAGGCUGCUCAGAGUGAAGUCACAGCUCGUGGGCGCAUCGCGCGGACACUGGGCCUCCGGAGGCCGACCCACGGGGCCUGCAUCCCAUCCGUGUUCCGGCCCGCGGACCCCUCCCUGGGGCUGAUGCGUGCGGACAUCGGGGCUGCCUCUCUCUCUGUCUUCGGAGACCCCUAUGAGCUGGACCCUUUCGACAGCAGCGAAGAGCCGUCUGCCAGCCCUGCUUCCCCUCUGAGUGCCAAGAGGAGGGUCCUCUCCCGCUCGGCCCUGCGAUCUCACCAGCCCGUGGCCAGGCCCGUCUCCAUGGGGCUCUCCAGGAGGAGCAUUCCUGCCGCGGCGCCUGAGCCGGAUGUGGACGUGGCCCCUGUCCCCGACCUGCUGGGCAGCAUCCUGUCGGGCCAGAGCCUCCUCAUGAUGGACAGCUCCGACAUCACCAUCCACCGCGACGGCUCGCUCAGCGCCAAGCGGGCAGCACCUGUUUCUUUUCAGCGACGCUCAGUCGGUCUGUCCCGAGGGGGAGACGGCCCGCAGCCCCCAGCACCAAGCGCAGGGCUCCCGGGAAGCCUGGGGUCGCGCAGUCAAGGCAGGUCCACCCCCUCCCACGUCCCUGCGCUCACGUCGGGGGCUGCCGCGAGACCGGACUCCUCAGCGACCCCUCGGCCAGGCCAGGCCCAGAGCCCGUCGAAUGUGAACAGUCCCGGCUUCAAACGACGGGAGGACCCACAAGUUAGAGGCGUCAGUGAGCACGCUGGGCCUCUCGGAUUCACAUCUAAGAUCUCAGCCCCCGUGAAGAGGGUCACCUGGAACCUGCAGGAGGCGGCGGGUGGCGCUCUGGCUGAGGACCGAGGCCUGCGGACCCCACUGCACAGGCCCCAGCAGCCGCAGGAAGAGGCGUGGGAACCCGGAGACGGAGGCCUUGUGGUGGACUCCCAGCAGGCACCCUGCCCCGAGCCCCCUCCUGCUUACACGCUUCCAGAGCCUGGCUUUCCCACUGCAGACCCCGCCCAGGUUUAUGGCCCCAGCCUGCCUCCCGCCCUGGCUCUGCCCUCAAGUGUCCCGCCCUACGCACCGGUCAGCCAGCCCACGGUGCAGUUCAUCCUGCAAGGGAGCCUCCCGCUGGCGGGCAGGGGGGCGGCACCCAGCCUGGCCCCAGUGCCCACCGUCCUGACCACAGCCUCUGAGCCGGCUGGCCACGCUGCCGCCACCAACAACUCCGAGGAGAGGACGGCCACUCCCCGGCCAGCCACAGAGAAAGCCAAGAACGAGGAGUACCUGAAGAAGCUGCACAUGCAGGAGCGGGCGGUGGAGGAGGUGAAGCUGGCCAUCAAGCCCUUCUACCAGAAGCGCGAGGUGACGAAGGAGGAGUACAAGGACAUCCUCCGCAGGCCGUGCAAGAAGAUCUGCCACAGCAAGAGCGGGGAGAUCAACCCUGUGAAGGUGGGCAACCUGGUAAAGGCCUACGUGGACAAGUACAGGCACAUGCGCCGGCGGGGCGGCGGUGCUCAAUCCCCUGCCCCGCUGGGACCCUCGAGGGGGAAGGGCGGCAGCUCAACCUUCGAGAGCUUCCGGAUCAAUAUUCCCGGGAACACGGCGCAUUCCAGCAGACUCUCCAGCCCCGGCUUCUGCCACACGUUCCAGCCUGUCGACGAUAAGGCGCAGAGGAAAGAGAACCCCGCCCCCCUUUUCUCCCUCAGGAAGACUAAGCAGCUCAAGAGCGAGAUCUAUGACCCGUUCAACCCCACGGGCUCGGACUCCAGCUCUGCAGGCAGCAGCCCUGAGCGCCUGGGCCCCGGCCUCCUGCCCUCGGAGAUCACCCGCACCAUCUCCAUCGGGAGCCCCAAGGCCCCACCCUCGCAGACCGUGCGGUGUGUCACCUCCUACACGGUGAAAACAGUCUUUGAGACGGAGCCCGAGCCCUCUCGGGGGCCGCCCUCCAGCCUGCUCCAAGCCCCCCGGGCACGAAGGCCAUCCCCACUGGAGCCCUGGGAGGACGAGGACCGGCCGCCCCGCACCACCUUCUUCGGCUCUGAGGAGCGGAUGGUGACCUGCGUGACGGUGGUGGAGCCGGACACCCUGCCGACCACCACCCACAGAAUCGUGGAGCUGCGGUCUCCGUCCCGCUCCCGCUCCCGCUCCCCGUCCAGCUCCCGCGGCAGAGAGACCGACCAGAGGAAGCAGGCCUCCGCCCCAGGGCACAGGCAGACCCGCUCCCGCACCCGUUCCGGCUCCCGCUCUGGGGACAGGAGCUCCAGGUCGUUGUCACCUCUGGUGGGUGAGGACCAGGCCAGGAGGCCCCCGGCCAAGGCCAGGGCUCGGAGGUCUUCCAGUGACCGCUCCAGCAGCCACGAGCGGGCCAAGCGGAAGAAGGCCAAGGACAAGAGCCGGGACAGGAAGAGGGACUCGUGGGGCCGAGGCCGGCGGAGGUCCCGCUCCCGCUCCCGCUCCGGCAGCCCUGGGAGCUCCUCACACGAGCACCGCGAGAGCAGGAGGAAGAAGAAGAGACGGUCCAGGUCUCAGGGGAGGGGGUGCUCUCCCCCCAGCAGCCUGGAGAGGGCCCGGAGACCCCGCCGUCCUAGGGAGAGGAGCCGCGAGUGGCCCCGAGACAGGCGGGGCUCCCGUGAGAGGAGGCGGCACAGGUCCAGGUCCCCCAGCCCAGAACACAGGUCCCGAGAGCACCGGAGGCCUCGUUCCCGUGAGAAGCGGCCUCGUUCCCGUGAGAAGCGGUCUCGGCCUGGCUCCCGCUCCCGCUCCCCGGAGAGGAAGUUGCCCGUGAAGGAGGCUUCCCCAGCACCCCCUCCCCAGGAGGAGCCGAGGCCGGGCAGGGAGAACCCAGUGGGGCUGCAGGCCUGGCCAGAAGGGGCUGAGGCCGACCAGGCCCCCCCGAAGGCUCCCCCUGCCCCAGAGGUGCCGGCCGAAUGUGCCCCCGAGGACCUGGACUACGUGGACUCGGUCGAGGCGGGGCACGUCUUUGACGACUUUUCCAGUGAAGGCAUCUUCACGCAGCUCGACGACAUGAGCUCCCCGCCCUCCCCAGAGAGCACAGACUCCUCCUCGCCUGAGCGCGGGGUCCCCCCCGCUGGCCCGGCCGGGGGCGGGGCGCUGCUGGGGAAGGAGGAAGGCCUCUGCCUGACCUCCGUACUUCGGGCGAAGGCCCCCGUGAAGAGGGUCACCUGGAACCUGCAGGAGGCGGCGGGUGGCGCUCUGGCUGAGGACCGAGGCCUGCGGACCCCACUGCACAGGCCCCAGCAGCCGCAGGAAGAGGCGUGGGAACCCGGAGACGGAGGCCUUGUGGUGGACUCCCAGCAGGCACCCUGCCCCGAGCCCCCUCCUGCUUACACGCUUCCAGAGCCUGGCUUUCCCACUGCAGACCCCGCCCAGGUUUAUGGCCCCAGCCUGCCUCCCGCCCUGGCUCUGCCCUCAAGUGUCCCGCCCUACGCACCGGUCAGCCAGCCCACGGUGCAGUUCAUCCUGCAAGGGAGCCUCCCGCUGGCGGGCAGGGGGGCGGCACCCAGCCUGGCCCCAGUGCCCACCGUCCUGACCACAGCCUCUGAGCCGGCUGGCCACGCUGCUGCCACCAACAACUCCGAGGAGAGGACGGCCACUCCCCGGCCAGCCACAGAGAAAGCCAAGAACGAGGAGUACCUGAAGAAGCUGCACAUGCAGGAGCGGGCGGUGGAGGAGGUGAAGCUGGCCAUCAAGCCCUUCUACCAGAAGCGCGAGGUGACGAAGGAGGAGUACAAGGACAUCCUCCGCAAGGCCGUGCAGAAGGUG